AUGAUAAUUGAAAAUAACAAAGAAUUUACUAUUAAUGAAGACAUUGAAAAAGAAAUUUGUGAAUGCUUUUCUUUAUUUGAUACAAAUAAAUGUGGUUACAUUGAUAUAAGAGAAUUUUAUUUUGCUUUAAAAUCAUUAGGCUUGAAUUUCAAAAAAGAGGAAGUAAAAAAUUUAUUUUUGCAAAUAAAGAAAAGUACUGAUGAUAAAUUAAAUUUUGAUGAAUUUUUUCAUGUAGCUUCACAAAAUAUUCAUAAAAGAUAUAAUGAUGAAGAAAUAGAACAAAUAUUUUCUUUAUUUGAUCCUAAUGACACUGGUAAAAUCACAUUACAUUCUUUAAAAAAAGUUUGUGAGGAUAUAGGUGAGAAUAUCAGUGAUAAUGAAUUAAAUAAUAUGAUUGAAUAUGCUGAUAAAAAUAACGAUAAGGUAAUUGAUAAAGAAGAAUUCAAAAAGAUUUUAAUUAGUGCAUGGAAAAAUGAUCCUUUAAGCGAUAUAGAUUCAGAUUAA